CACGUCCCGUCUACGUCACCGUUGUCAGUGUCAAAGCUAGCGUGAGCGCCCACGAUUAAUGCUACGUUUCUGGAAUAUAACACUAGUUAAGUUGCUUUGAACACGACCGGGUCGAGUAUUUAUGCGUUUUUAUUAAUGCGAUCCUAAUGGUUGGUGUGUUUGUGUUGGUUGCCUAAAUCGACCAGAACAACACUUGAAGCUAAAAGAAGACCACGUUGUCUCUUUGCUUUGUGAGGCGGCGGGUCCCGUUAGUAAGUGGUGUCGCUCGGUCAAGUUGCGCUAGCUGGCUUUAGCUUUAGCUCAGGGACGUUUGGUCUCAUACUCAGGAUGCCAUGCCACAAGCAGCAGAUGAACAAUAUAAACAGUGGCCAGGAGCUCUCAAUGAAGCAGGUUCGGUUUGCAGACAGCAGCAGCAGCAACAACAACAACAACAACGUGCAACCUGCAGUCCUGUCCGACUCAGGACCAAGUGAUGUCCCCACACAACCUGUCAGCCAAGAAAACCUGGGUCCUCAGCUCAAACUGCUUCCCCUGAACGACCAGAUCCGAGAAUUACAGACAAUAAUCAGAGACAAGACAACCAGCAGAGGAGAUUUUGUGUUCUGUGCCGACCGACUGAUCAGACUAGUAGUUGAGGAGGGCUUGAAUCAGCUCCCCUACUCGGAGUGCACUGUCACCACACCCACAGGGUACAAGUAUGACGGUGUCAAGUUUGAAAGGGGCAACUGUGGAGUCAGCAUUAUGAGAAGUGGUGAGGCCAUGGAACAGGGUCUCCGGGACUGCUGCCGCUCCAUCCGCAUCGGGAAGAUCCUCAUCCAGAGCGAUGAGGAGACACAGAAAGCUAAGGUCUACUACGCCAAGUUCCCCCCAGACGUGUACAGAAGAAAAGUGCUGCUCAUGUACCCCAUUCUCAGUACAGGCAACACCGUGAUUGAGGCGGUGAAGGUGCUGAUAGAGCACGGAGUCCAGCCCAGACAUAUUAUCCUACUCAGCCUCUUCUCCACACCUCAUGGAGCCAAAUCGAUCAUCCAGGAGUUCCCAGAUAUCACCAUCUUGACCACAGAGGUCCACCCGGUGGCUCCAACACACUUUGGACAGAGGUACUUUGGCACCGACUAAACCCGAGGACAACCUGAGGAACAUGGUGUGCAUACUGUUAUGAGUAUACUUUGUCUUGUAUCUCAUGUUCUCCUUGUUGUGCCAAAUUCUGCUGCUUCUUCUCAAUUUACAAAGUUUCUAAAAAGAUACCAAAUCAUUAACCUGAUCCAUUGUAUUUAUUCUAUUUUUUUUUGUUUGUUUGUUUGUUUUGCUGUGUAUACCCGUGCUAUAGAAAGAGGACACUGAAACAUAUAAAGAGUUUAACUCGGAGCAUUUUAUUUUGCAUGUUACAACGACUGAUGGAUCAAUAAAGAAUUUAUAUUUGUUUACAGACA